AUGGAGUGUGAAAACACAACAUCAGUGCUUAAAAACUUUGAACUUUUAGGAUUCAUGUACCCCAAAAAACUUAAAUUCCUGCUGCUCUUCUUCUUCUUCCUCAUGUAUAUAUUGACUCUUUCUGGAAAUACCUUGAUUCUUUUAGUUGUAGCGCUGGAAUCUCAUUUGCACAAGCCAAUGUAUUGGUUCCUCUGCCACCUGUCUGUCAUGGAUAUGAUGGUCUCCUCUGUGGUGGUGCCCAAACUGAUCAUGUGGCUGAUAAAGGGAAAUGGGCUUAUCACCUAUGCAGGCUGUGUGUCCCAACUCUUCUUGUUCCACUUCUUGGGCUGUACAGAAUGCUUCCUGUAUACCGUGAUGGCCUUUGACCGCUUCAUGGCCAUCUGCAAACCACUCCACUACAGAACGUUCAUGAACUACCGAGUUUGCUUCUGUCUGGCCAUUGGCACUUGGUUCGGAGGAUCCCUACACUCUGUGAUACAGACAUCACUCACUUUUCGCUUGCCAUAUGGCCGGGGGAUCCAGGUGAGCUUCAUCUUCUGUGACAUCCCAGCUGUGCUAAAGCUGGCCUGUGCAGACACAUCCCUCAACGUGAUGGUGACCUUGGUUGACAUUGGAUUUGUGGCCAUGACAUGUUUCCUCUUGAUUCUGACAUCCUAUGUAUAUAUUGUCUCUGCCAUCCUGAGAAUCCCCACUUCUAAAGGAAGACACCGGGCCUUCUCCACUUGCACAGCCCACGUAACCUUGGUGGUGAUAUAUUAUGUCCCUGUGGUUUACAACUACCUGCGUCCAGCAUCUCAGGACUCUCUUGACGGAGUUUUAGCCAUGUUCUAUACAGCAGUGACCCCUUUCUUAAAUCCCCUCAUAUAUACACUGAGGAACAAGGAAAUGAAAGAUGGCCUGUGGAAGCUCUGCCAUAGAAAACCACAAUGGUGCAUUGGGUAA